AUGGAGUUCCUAGCAGCCCUCAACUCCCAUCUCGACGACCACAAACCCUCCCUUUUCGAACUCCUCUCCGAAGCCCAACUCAGCGCCCUCAUCCCCCCGUCCCUCCGCUACCUCCUCACAAUAGCCACACACCGCCAUCCCCGCUACCUCCUCCGCAUCCUAAACUCCUUUGAUGAAAUAUACGCCCUGUUCAUGCUCCUUGUCGAGCGGCAUUACCUAAAGACGCACGGCGGGGGCUUUACAGAGAAUUUCUACGGCCUGAAACGCGAGAAGGCUCUAUCGGUGGGCGAAAUCACGCGCGCGAAUAUAGGCGCGCCGGCACAUGUAAGGGAGGCGCUGAAGUUGAGUCAUGGGGAUAUAUGGAAGAACCUUGCGGUCAUGGUGGGGGUGCCGUAUUUAAAGCGGAAGUUGGAUGAGAGUUAUGAGAUUAAUGCGCCGCGGGCGCUGCUAGGCGGCAAUUACAACCGCAUGCCUACAAGUCCGACCAUACGCCAGAGGAUCCUGCAUUACUAUAGAUGGUUUCUGCGGAAUGUGUAUCCGAGUGUGAACGCGGCGUAUUAUUUUGCGGUGCUGAUGUUUAAUGUGGCGUAUCUGUUUGAUAAUAGCAGAUUCCAUAGCCCGUUCUUGUGGAUGAUUGGGACGCGGAUGAGGAGGUUGGGUCAGGAGGAUUAUAAGGCUAUUGCUGCGUUGAGUGCGCCGAAACCUGGGGCCAAGGGAGGGAAUUUGGGAAUUAAUAGUAUUUUCAGUCCGAGGAUUAUGGGGGAUAGGGUGUUGGGAAGCUUGAAGUUUUUACUACCGACGAGCAUCUUUGCACUGAAGUUUCUGGAGUGGUGGCACGCUUCAGAUUUUGCGAGACAGUUAUCGAGAAAGGCAGCGGAGGGUAUCGAAUUACCACCUCCUGUGAUAUCUGGAUUGUCGACGCUCUCAACGAGGUUCGGACCGGCGGGGCAAAAGAAAGCAGCAGUGGCUGAAGGCCCAAAAAAGGAAGACGAAGUACGGGAGCUCAGGAACCCGCCCAUAGCGGCAGCUUCUUUACUUCCCAUAUACACGGUGCCCACCCCAGAAGAUUCAGAAUUAUGUCCCAUCUGCGAGACGGAAGUCACAACGGCAACUGCAUGCCAGACCGGAUUUGUGUUUUGCUACACGUGUAUACAUAGAUGGGUGGAAGGCAACCACGACAAACAAGAAGAGUUUAUGAAAGGGAAAGAAGGGAAGUGGGAGAAUGGUAAGGGACGAUGUGCUGUCACUGGCAGGAGAGUCCUCGGUGGGACGGAAGGCUUACGGCGAAUCAUGAUAUAA